CUUUUACUCCUGUCUCAUUCUUCAUAGUACAACUUACAUCUUCACAUUCCGCCUCUUAUUCCAUCACUUAAAUAUCUGACCGAAUCGAUAGCAGAAUAACAAAUUGUAAAAAGUAAAAAUGUCAGAGGGCAAAGUAUUAAAAACCAAACCCUUGGCUUUCAAAGCCAAGUCCAAAAAGCGGCCUAUAGAAGGUGAGGGCGGUGCUCGGAAACGAAGAAGGCAAGAGUAUGAGGAGGAAGAGGAAUAUCUCGAUUUAGAGGUCGGAGUGAACAAGAAGAUCGCUCAAGUCGACAACCUACUACUAGCCGAUCACAUAGCCAAGAAGAUCCGAAGAUUUGGGACCGAUUUAAAACCAGUCGAGCUCAGUCAGCUAGAUAUAUCACCAAAUUACAUCACCGACACCACCUCCUUUCAGAACACCCGUACCUUAGAAAGUCUACCCGAAUUCCUAGAACAAUUCGUAGACCCCAAGAAGCUUGGCGAAGCACCUAAGCAGAAAGGCUCACCUCAUACCAUCAUCGUCACUGGUGCUGGUUUGCGAGCCGCCGAAUUAGUCAGAUCCGUACGCAAGUACCAAAAGAAGGACAACACUGUCGCAAAACUAUUCGCCAAACACAUCAAGAUCGAAGAAAGCGUGCAAUUCCUCGAGAAAAGCCGUACUGGCAUUGCAGUAGGGACACCCCUCCGCCUCUACGACCUAGUAGAGAAGUCCGCCCUACAACUCGACAAGCUAGAGCGCAUAGUCGUUGAUGCCUCACACAUCGACCAAAAGAAGCGGGGCCUGAUGGACAUGAAGGAUACCAUGAUCCCGCUCGCGCGCUGGCUAGCCCGCCCCGAGUUCAAAGUCCGCUAUGCCGACCCGGAGAACGGGCUGCAGUUGAUGUUCUACUGAACGCCUACCUAUCUACCUAGCCACGGCAUUGGCAUGGAUCUGCUAGCCUACUAGACACAUCCAUGCUUUAUUAUAGAGGGUGCUUUUAUGCAUAUAGGGGCGUUUAAGAAGGGAUUUGGUAUUUGUCGUUUCAUAAAAGCAAGGUACGAAAUAAGAUACCCAACACGAUCAAGUCUUUCAUAUAUUCAUGUUCUUUGACGUCUAAUACGGGUCAUGUGACCCUAUGCUACGGCCCAGAACUAUGUUGUUU